GUUGGGUCGUGAGUGCGAUCGUGUGAUGUAGAUGUAAUGCAUUGUAGGAGUAGUUUGUGUACGUUCAAGUAAGUUUAAAGUUUUAUGAACCACUGUUAUAACUUUUAUUGGUAUAGUUGGAUUUUGUAGAAACGUAAUAAGUUGGUCAGUGCUUUACCAUGAAUUUUAUUUUUUUCGGCAACUUUGAAUCGAGAUUCAUGCCUUUGUACUCCAUGAGCUCCGGCGAUUGGCAUGGCUGUCGGUGAUGGGACGCUACUUCACCAGCUGCACCCCACAGCUAACCCUGCUAGACGUCAUUGGUUCCCAUCCUGCCUCAUGUCUGAGGCUAAGUAGCUCGACAGCAAGAGGCGCCUCUGUGUCGAUCGGACAACCUGUAUACUUUAUCGAAAGAGUAAGGUACUGUGCUCAUCCGUUGUGCUUGAAGUUGACUAGAAAUUAUAAUAUGAGUACUGGGGCCGUGGCAAGAACGUAAAUAAGUGGCACUUACCUUAUCAAGGCUUAUGUGACUACUGUGAGGAUCCAGAUAAUUUGUACAAAUUGUGUGAAGAAGAUAAUCUACUCCUCACCUGGGCCUGAAGACUGUCAUUUAAAUUUAUUUUUAAUUAUAUACAUAUAUCUUUAUCUAUUUAUUGCUUCGGGGCUGACAUAAACUGUUCAAAGUCGGAGAAGUUAAAGCAAGGCAUAUUUUUUUUGGUAAAUCGUUACGGUCUCGUGAGUGACCUAGGGCUAGGAAGCGAGAAAGGCCGGUCAGUCACACCUAAUCGUUGAAGCUGAACGAAGGUAUAGUACAGUGUUUUUGACCACUGAGUGACAUUCGUUGAGAGUCACCAUUGUGGGGCCACUACAGGAAGGCAUGGGGGACAUCCUUCCCCCUAAAAGACAAGCAGUGGUUGAUCGCUUACGUCGUCGGAUAGAUCUUUAUCGACGUAACCAAAAUGGGAAUUUAAUUCGUUAUGACCAAACUUCGAAUGGUUGGAAUCUCCAACAACGUCAAGACACACUUCUUUUGAAGCAACGUUAUCUGGAAACUAAAGCUAAGAAAGCGAAAAAAAGUGACAAUAAAGCUACGAAAGAUGGUUUGGGCGUCAGCACCGUAGGUUCUGAGAACACAAGAAAUGUGCCUUCGCAGAAGCCAACUAAACGGCCCGCCGAAAGUCUCGCAUCUUCAUUUAAACAGGGGGAUAUUGGAGAUCCAUCUGAACGACAAGCCAAGUUAGCUUGCCACAGCAGCACACAAAAUCAAGGACAGCGAGAUAUUCAUAGUCAGUCAACCAUUCCAAGUUUUUCCGUCCAAAUUGUCCAGCAGUUCUCCAGCUCAAAUUCUGCUCACGCUCAACACUCCCAAACUAUUCAAACUAAUGUAACUGUCAAGGCUGUCCAUCCAGAAUCUCCUAUAACUUCAGUAUCUAGUAGUCAGUGUGAAAGGCUUCAGGAUACUACAGUUUCUUCAGGAACGAAUAUUGAGUGUAAGCAGGAGAAAGGAGGAGAAUUAAACCAAUGCAGCAAUAUUGGACUGAGCGCAUGCAACAACCACAAUCCUACUAGUGGAAGUAACUCAGGAGGGCAAGAACGUUUCUCAGACGCCUUCUCUAGCUUGGGAUUCCCCGAGGAUUCCAGUAGUGACGUUAUUCAUCCCGAUAUCUUGAAGGACUUAAUCGAUGACGUAUUAACAACAGGAAACCCAUCAGACCUGAUGAAAGACUUCAAUUUUGAUGACAGUGGUGGAAGUGACAGGGAACAAGACGAGGAACUCAAAGGUAGUAGUGAUCACAUGCUAGAUAUUGCUGGAAAACCUCAUAAUACGCCACCACCCCAGAGCCAAUUCUCCAAUGCCCAGAAUGCCUUUUCCACCAUGCAAGCACAAGGUAGUGUCUCUCGAUUCAGUCCUGGAACAAGAGGUUCACCUAUGGGGAAUUCGGCAACUGUUUCUGUAACUCCUACUACCACAUUUCAAAACAGUCAUUUAUCAAAUUACACUCAUUCUGGAGGAUUCAGCGUAAGUCCUACUCUAGGGCUGGACUUUAAAUUGGGCGAGCCCAGUCCAGCUGCUCAAACAUUGAAACAAAUGGCCGAGCAACACCAGAGUAUGCAGCAAAAACAACAAAUAGGAUUGAACAUGGGCUCCCCUCACUCACGUUCCCCAUUCACCAAUGAAAAUUUCACAGAAUCCAUGACAUUACCUUCCAUACGAUCUGGGUAUAUGUCCACAUCGAGUGGUCAAGUAAAUACUGCUCAAAAUACACAGGCAUCCAAUAUGCUUGCUGCACGCAAUUAUGAUCAACAAACACAUUUUUCGAGUGUCCGGCCCGCCAGUGGUGGCGGGCUCUUUAAACAGGAAAAUGAGAAUGGAGUUUUUUCUGGCAGUCAAGGUAUAACUACGACAAACAGUAUGGCACCAUUACCAGGAAUGGAUUUCCAAAAGCACCAACAGACUAUGCAGAUGCAGCAUCUUCAUCAAUUACCAGUAGAACAGAAGUCAGUGGGAGGCGGGUCUCAGUACGGAGUUCCUAGUCCAGACAACAAACACUUGCAGUCUGGAAUGCCCCAGCCAUCAACCUACAGGUCCACCAGACCUCUUUCACACUUCUCGUCUGGACAGACAUCCAGCGUACCUAAUCAAUUUAUUAGAGGACCUAGCCCAGGUCUCGUUCCCUCACCCACUCAACAUUAUCGACCACCUUCCCGAUCCAACCUGCAAUUGUCACAGUCACAACAUAUGCAGAUCUCUCAGGCUGGUUCACAACUCCAGGUUUGUCAGAGCCAACAACUACAAGUAUCCAGAGACUUUGAGCAGAACCCCACUAGCGGCUCUCAACAGCAGCAGCAGCAGCAACAACAACAAAUUGCCAUGUUCUCAACUUACCCUCACUCUACCACUGCCCCCAAGCCACCCUUUCAAAUGACCAUGUCACAAGCCCAAUCCCUCAGUUUUUCAAGUCAGUUCCCUGGUGGUAGCGGUGGCAGUAACAGCGGAAUACCUUCUCGUGAGGACAUGUGCCAGCAGAUAAUGAAACAACAACAACAAGGAAUACAGCAAAACAGCAUAGCUACUUCUAACACACAAAGAGAAGCCCAACUUCAACAGUUCAUAAACAGGCCUCCACCUGAAUACAAACACCACAUAGUUACCAAUCAAGUGCUUCCUCAGCAUCAACGAAUGAUAACAAAUAAUUCUAUGGUAGGAUUGAAUCCAACUCAAACCUCUCAGCGGUUUGUACAGCCUACCGAUAUUUCCAGAAGAGGAAUGUUAUCCGAAACCGCGGUGCACGCUUUACAACAUCCUUCUUCUCAAGUUCGGAUGCUAGUAAGAGCAAGGCCACAGCAAGGUGGAGUUCCUACGUCACAUAUAGGCAUGGAAACUGCAUUGGCAAAUUUCAGUCAAACAGCAAAUCCCACUCAUAUAAACAUAACAUCUUCAAGCCCUAAUGGCCACAUGACUCAUACGAGACCUACUUACAGCAACUCCCUUCCCCGCUCCCAACGGCCUCCAAACGUCAAUGUAGGACCUGAGGGAUUAAACAUAUCUCAAAGAGCAGCAGCUCCAGAGUGGAGACAUUUGAUCUUGCAGCAGCAGCAAACACGUGUUAGGCCCGUAAACCAAUCUGUUAAUCCCAUGUCAUUUCCACGAGCAUCGCAAGGGACUAUGGGACAAAAUAUGGCGUCUCCUUCUAUGAGCAUAUUAAAUAAUCAAGUGGUCCCGAGAACUGUGAUUCCCCAACAUGCGAUGAGAGGCGUCACUUUGGAAUCAGUUCAACGAUCCCAUAUACAGAAUAACCAAAUGCUUAUGCACCAACAUCAACAAAUGGCUUAUCAACCUGGAAUGAACCCGAUGGACAACACUAGCGGUCAACAUAGCAGUAUGCAAAUGUCGUCAGCUGUACCGUUGUCAACCAGCAACUUGACCAGUCAAGGACAUAUUUACCCAAUUAGUGGCAGUACCAACUCAUCCAAUCAAGCAGAAGAUCCGUCACAUUUCAAUUUAGAUUUCUUAGAUAAUAACUUUAUUGAGAGUACAGCCACAGACUUACUAAAUUUAGAUCCGGUUCUGAAUGGUGGGAACAACAGUUUUAACCUCUUAGACGAGAUGGGUAUGUUGAACAAGUGACCCAGAUGUUACGUGGGAAAAUGCAGUUUCAUUUAGACUAAAUUACGUGAUCUGAACAUUAUCGAUUUCUAACUAGUUAUCCAGGUCCAAUAAUUUUCUUCGCCUUUCGUGUCAUUUUAUGGAAACUGAGAUCACAUCA